UGAAACUUGAACCAAGACACCCACCCUGCAGUAAAUUUGUUCAGUUCGUGUCCAGCAGCAAUGGCAGAAUCAUACUUAUUUUCUGUGCUUGUUGAGCUCGAAGGAAACCCAGAUAUUCCUAAACUUAAAAACAAGUUGGUUAAAUAUUUUCAAAGUAAAAAGUCAUCCAACGGCGGUGAUUGUCUAGUUGAAAUCUCAAAAGGACAAGGAGCAGUUGUGAGGUUCCAGACUGCAGAGGUGAGGCAGAUGGUUCUUGAAAAGCAAGAACACAAGAUCAAGUUGGAUCAAGGUGUGCUUAUACUGAAUCUUCGUCUACCAUCAGAUGAGGUCACAAUUUCACAGGAAAUACCAUCUGCUGUCAACUCAAGCAAACAACCUGCUGUUGUUCCAAAAGACUUACCUGAGAGUGUGGAUGGAGAAACAGCCUGUCCUGAGGACAGUGCAGCAACAGAUAAGACAGAGCUGCAUUCCACCUCAGCAGUGCUGGGAAACAUUCAGAAGGGUAUGAACCAGGCAUUUCUGGAGAUGUUGGUAGAGAACAUCAUGAAUGCCCAAACCUCAGCUUCUCAUACUGCAUCACAGAGAUUCAGUCUGGAAAUCCUGCCUGACAUCAGUAUGGCUGUAGUGACUUUCCAAAAUGUAAAAGAUACUGAGUACUUUAUCUCAAACUGUAUCAGCCACAAGAUAUUCAAGCAGAAAGAAUUAUCAGUAAAACUACUGGAAAUCACAGCAAAAGUGAAAGUUGAAAACAUACCUCCAAAUUACAGUUCAGACCAUCUCCAUCUGUACUAUGAAAAAGAAGGUGAAGUUGUCGACCUUGAAAUGUGUGAAGAGGACCAAUCCGCUAUCAUCACUUUCCAAGAUCCGCACGCUGUUCACAGAGUCACAAAAAAGCACCACGAUGAGAAGCAGCCUAUCAAAGCUUUCCCAUUUUAUGAAUCUCUGGGAACGGCCCUGUAUGACAAAGAUCAACCCACAUUGAAACUCCCAGCUGCCUUCACUGAGAACAUCGACCAGGCCAUUUGGAGAUACCUUUGUGACAAGCAAGAAGCUACUGCAACCAUCAACAAGAUUAUGGCCGAAAACUUCUGCAAAGUAGACCUGCAACACCAUACUGUCCAGUUAAGGCCCCUACCAUCUCUACUCAAACAGAAAGAUGUCAAAGCCAAGCAUGUCAACCAGUGGAAGGACACUGUCAAGGCUACCUUCACUCAAGCCUUGUCUAAAUUCAAAUCCUUGGAGCUGAAUGUACAGGACUGUGCAUGGGAGGAGUCUGAACAGGAGAUCUGCAAGGCGAUGUCUGGUGAGGCAGUGGUUGUCGUCCCUGAUAAGACCAAAGGUGCACUCAUAGUGGUGGGCUUGGUAGAUGAAGUGGAUAGGCUCAGUCAGUCACUAAAGGAAAUCAUGGACAAGAUUGCCAGAAUAAUUGAGAGGGAGAAGACUAGCAAGACAGAGGAGCUCCACCUAGCUCCAUCUAUCUACCAUGUAAUUUCUCAAGAUGGUCUGCAAGGCAAGAUUGCAGGUGAAUACCCAGAACUGAAGAUGGCAUACAACCGUGAGAGCCAGAAUGUGAUCUUAACAGGCUUAAUGCAAGAGGUGUGGGGUGCUAAUAGGAAGAUUAUAGAUGGGGUGUCGGCACUGAAACGGAAGAAGGUGGAAGUGAGCAACUAUGUCCUUGAGUUUCUGCAGGAGGAAGACCAAGAAAAGCUUAGCAACACUCUUUUCACGUCACAGAGUGUUAAUGCAGCACUAGAAAUAGAUAGAAAUGGCGUGGAGCUCCUGGCUGUUUCAGACCUGGCCUUGAGUGAAGCAAAACGCCAACUUGAAAAAUGUUUGGUUUCCAAGUACAUAGAUGUUGAAGACUCCAAUGUCCUGGAGAUGUCAGGGUGGAAGGACCUUACCUCCCGUUUGGAAAAAACAUACAACAUUUUGUCUAGGACUUUCAUGGUGAAGACGUCUGGUGUCCAUCCAAAUAUAAAAGUGGUAGUGGCUGGCAAUAUGGACAUUGUCAAUUCAGUGCAAAAGGAACUUGGUGGCUUCUUACUUCAAAAUGCUCCAGUUGAUGAAAUUCUUCAGAUUAAGUCAAACGCCAUUGUCAAAUUCAUCCAAGAAAAAAAGAGUGCUUGGUCUGAUAUAGUCAAAGGUGGAGUAAAGGUUUCUUUCAAGGAUGAGGCCAUUUGCCUUAGUGGCAUCAGGGUUCAUGUCUCUGACUGCUUGACCUUAUUUAAAGACCUGGUAUCAUCAACAUACUUUGAUACUUUACAAGUCCCAGAACCUGGAGCGAAGAAGUUCUUCCAGGACGAGGAGGACAUGUAUGUUGAAGCCAUCAAAAUUAAGACAGCUUGUGUAGUCCAGCUGGUGGAUGAGAUGCAUCUGGUGAGCAAUGACAAGACAGUCCAGGCUAUGGAGGAAAUGGUGCCGAAAGAGUUUGGGAACCACGGGGGAAAUAAUCUGCAACAGCAUCUGGCCAUAUCCACAGAGACCCAGCAUUGUAGAUGGGAGCAGAGCACAAAUGGGUCAGAGAAAGCGCAGACCAAAGAGGGGCUGACCAUCACACUGAUGAAAGGAAACAUCCAAGAUGCUUUGACUGAGGUUGUUGUGAAUACAGUCGGUAAUGACCUGAUACUGGAUAGUGGAGCAGUCUCCACUGCACUCCUUAAUGCUGCUGGCCCUGAACUUCAGGAACUGAUAAACCAACAUGCCACUGCUGGCAAGGUUGGGGAAGUCAUCAUCACCAAAGGCUGCAACCUCAAAAGCAAGCUGGUCUUUCAUAUCAUUGCUCCUAGAUGGAAUAAUGGACAAGGAGCAACACAGAAGACAUUGAGUAAGAUCGUAAAGAAGUGCUUGGUUCUGGCGGAGCAGCAGCAACUAAUGUCAGUGACCUUCCCCGCCAUCGGCACAGGAAACCUGGGCUUCCCCAGAGACCUGGUGGCCUCUCUGAUGCUGGAUAAAGUCCUCAGAUUCAGCAGUAAGAUGAACCCCAAGCAUUUGAAGGAGGUGGUGUUCAUCCUCCACCCAAGUGAUGUUUCGACUUUCAAGGCUUUCACUGACGAAUUUAACAAAAGGUUCAUGACCCAGUCUGCAAUUUCAAAGGGCUCAGCAUCCACUCAACAAGGUCUUUUCUCUAAGGUCACUUCAAGCUCAGGGAUGCAUGAGACAAAGAUGGGAGGGGUGGUUAUACAGGUCGUCACAGGAGACAUAACCAAAGAGACUACUGAUGUCAUCGUCAACUCCACCAAUGGGACCUUCAACCUUAAGACAGGGGUGUCGAAAGCCAUUCUGGAUGCGGCUGGUCCAACUGUGGAGGCAGAAUGUCAACAACUCACAGCCCAACCUAUAAAAGAUAUGAUUUUGACCGAGCCAGGCAACCUGCAGAGUAAGAAGAUCCUUCACCUGGUCGGCAUCAGUGACCCUCAGAACAUCCAGGAGAGUGUCAAGGAUGCACUUAGAAUGUGCACAAGGAAAGACUUCAAAUCCAUCUCAUUUCCUGCUCUCGGCACAGGCCAAGGCAAUGUACAGGUGAGCCAGGUGGCAGACGCCAUGUUCGAUGCGCUAGUGGAAGUGGUGGCCAAGAAGUCAGUGAACACCUUGAGGCUGGUCCGGAUUGUCAUCUUUCAGACUGCCAUGCUGACUGAAUUUCACAACAGUCUGCUGAAGAAGGAGAACACAGAUGAUCAGGAAGAGGAGGACACUGAUGAUCAGGAGGCAGUCACUGACCUUCAAGAUGAAGGCAGUCUGUUUAAAACCUUUGAAAACAUUGGCACCAGAAUAAAAUCAAUUUUCACUAGGAAUAAAGGUAAUAAGCCACAAAAGCAUGAGAGAUUUGUCUUCAUGGAUAAAGAAGUGCAUCCGGCUUGCUUCCACAUCUGUGGGGAUUCUCAGGCUAAAGUAGAUGAAGCUAAGCAGUGGGUCAUGGACCUGAUCUUGAAGGAGCAAGACAGCUCCAUCAUCACUGACGAUGCCAUCAUCAACUUAACCACUUCUGACCGCCAGCGCAUUAGUAACAUGAUCAACACCAUGGGAGUGAGAGUGGAACAGGGGUCAUCUCAAGACAAGCUGACUAUAGAGGGCAUCACCAAAGAUGUGCUCAAAGUUACUAAUGAAAUCCAGAAGAUGCUCCAAAGGAUCCGUAGUGAAGAGGAACUCAUGAGGAGUGCUGAGCUAGCCAGCACCGUGGUGGAAUGGCAGUACCAGCAGCAGGGAGGGCAGUACCAAAGCUUUGACCUCAUCCAUAACUUCCAUCUGGAGCAGGCAAAUGAGACCAAGAAGCAGCAUGUGGAGGUCACUAUCCAAGGUCGGAUGUACAAGGUCACCCUGCCAAAUGGGCCUGCGACAGAUAACCAUGGCAACAGCCUCGACAUCAGACGCAUUGACAAAGCAGCUCAUGACAGCCUUCCUCAGUAUUGGGAUACCAUGACAGACAACUCUUUAUGCCAGUCCUUCCCCAUCCAGCCAGGAAACUCUGAGCAUGAUGAGGUCCUAGGCCUGUUUCAGGCCACUUGCCAAAACACCGUUCUAAAGAUUGAGAGGAUCCAGAACCCAAGCCUGUGGAGGAAUCUCCAGAUCAAGAAACAAGAAAUGGAUUCCAAGAACUGUCACCAGAACAAUGAGAAGAGGCUGUUCCAUGGAACUUGCCCCCUAAUCAUAGAUCAAAUUAACGCAAACGGGUUCAAUCGGAGCUACGCUGGGAAAAAUGCGGCAGCGUAUGGAAACGGCACCUACUUUGCAGUUGAGGCCAGCUACUCUGCCGAUGACACAUACUCAGUCCCAGAUUCCCAAGGGCAGAAGCACAUGUACCUGUGCAAUGUUCUGACCGGAGAUUUCACAGAAGGACAAGAAGAUAUGAUUGCGCCUCCAGCUAAAAGCAAAUCAACUACUCAACUCUAUGACAGCGUGACAGACGACCCAACAGCGCCAUCCAUGUUUAUUGUAUUCAACGACAUUCAGGCUUAUCCUGCGUACUUGAUCACUUUCAUCACCGACAAUUAAAGGAGCAUUUACUAUCUUACUAUCAUAAGUAUAACUUUUCAUAUGCUUCUUUAAAAAUGUUAGGCUUUCUCUAUGGUUUUAGUUGUCUCUUUUACAGAUUAUUAUAUAGCAAAUCAAGAUUACUUUUUUUCUCAAUAAAUCAGGGUCCACCUUGUUUACUUACAGUUUAGGUUUAUGUACAGUAUGUGCAUUUUCAGAACUCUUAGUACAAAAAACAUCUAAAUAGAAUAUUUAAAAAAAAGCUGUUUUAAGACUCAGCACAUUUUCAAUUGACUAAGUGCAACACACAAAAUCGUAGUAAUUUUUUUGCCAAACUUAAUCAGUUUAAUCUAUAAUACAUGUUCAUAAGGUAAUUACUCUUCGCAAUGCUCAAAUUUCUUGAUCUGAUUGUCUUCUAAUUGAUUAAAACCCAGUUGAAGUAA